CCGCAGCAUCAAGUACGAGCCAGCCCCGGACGUGCCAGCGCCUCCGACCGCGCCGAUGCCGCCGAUCAAACGGCACAAGCCCACGGUGCCGUCCCUCAGCCCCUAUGCCUGCCUUCCCCCUGCCUCCACGCCUGACUCCACACCUGCUCGACCUCUCAGUUCCCACAGAUCCCAGCCGGAUUCGGCAGCCGACCUGCUCUCGGCGCUGAGCCAAGAGGAGCGAGACCUCAUCGAGCCCGUUAUAGCCCUGGGCUACCCCACCCGCAAAGCCAUCCUCACCCUCCAGAAGACCGGGAAGCAAAGCUUAAGUCAGUUCCUGAGCUACCUGGCUGCCUGUGACCGGCUGCUGAAGCAGGGCUACGAGGAAGGGCAGGUGGAGGAGGCCAUGGAAAUGUUCCAGUACUCGGAGAAAAAGGCAGCUGAAUUCCUGCACCUGCUAGCUCAGUUUAACGAUAUGGGCUUCCAGCAAAAUGAAAUCAAGGAAGUCCUCUUGCUUUGCGGGAAUCAGAGGGAGAAGGCGCUGGAAGAGCUCGUGAUGAAAACCCACUGA